AUGACGGUAUACUCGUCAUUCGUGGAGAGAAGGUUCCGUCGCGAAAUAUCCUGUCACCUCGUCUGGCCAUUCUUCGCCUCCGCCCUUGCGCCAAAAUCCAUCAGUAUCAUCAACUGCUAUUCACCAACAUCAGCAGCUGAUGAUUCCGAAUUGGACGCGUUUUACGAGGAGCUGGAGGACGUAGUCCACAACGAGAAGUCCUUUUACAAAUUCGUUGUCGGAGACUUCGACGCAAAACUAGGAAAGGCCACAGAAAAGGAAUACAGGAUUGGAAGAUUUGGACUAGGGGACCGGAAUGAAAAUGGCAAUCGUCUCGCCGGGCUGUUGUCCGCCGCUCGACUCUUUCAUGGGAACUCUCUUUUCAUGAAAAAGAUCAUCGUCGGUGGACAUGGGAAUGCCCAAUGGCGCGACUCGUGCGGAGAUCGACCACAUACUCACCAACCGGAGCCACCCAAUGGGGAAGAACAUCUGCUAUCGUCAACGAAGGAGAAAGAAGUCGUCUACGACGAUUGCGUACUCGAGGACUCCUGUCCCAAGAAAGAAAGGAUCCCAGACCAGUGGAAGACCUCGCGAACCGUUCUUAUCCAUAAGAAAGGUGACCGAGAGGACCUUCGGAACUACCGUCCGAUAUGCUUGCUGAGCGUGUUAUACAAAGUAUUCACCAAGAUCAUCCUCACACGCAUAUCUAGGACGCUGGAUGAAGCAGCCUCAAGAACAAGCUGGAUUCCGCCAAGGGUUCAGCUGUGGACCACUCCAGACCGUGUCGAGGUCAUAGAGGUUUGCCGGGAAUACCGCCUGCCCCUUGUUCUAACCUUCGUCGACUAUGAAAAGCCUUGA